AUGUCGUCCUCGAAGCAAGACAUGGAUGGGCAACGCCCGAUGCCCAUUGCCAUAGUCGGCAUGUCAUGCCGUCUAUCGGGAGAUGUCUCGACAAUUGACGACUUCUGGACCAUGCUGUCGCGCUCCCGUGAUGGCUGGCGGCCGAUUCCUGAGGAGAGAUUCGCAACCAAGGCCUUCCAUCAUCCGGAUCCGCAGAAAAAGGGUUGCUUCAACAACCAAGGUGGCUAUUUCAUGAACGGUGACUUGUCGACUUUCGAUGCACCAUUCUUCCAUAUCACCAAACAGGAGGCCGAGGCUAUGGAUCCUCAACAGAGGCAUCUCUUGGAAUGCACGUAUGAAGCUCUGGAGAACGCCGGGCUUCCAAAAAAUGCUGUUUCUGGAAGCAAUAUGGGGGUCUUCAUCGGCGGCACCUCCUCGGACUAUCGACUGGGCACCCUGAAAGAGGUUGACCAGAUACCCAUGUACGAUGCCACGGGCAAUCAUCAGUCCAUCCAAGCCGGGCGCAUCUCGUAUUACUUCAACCUUCAUGGCCCUUCGUUCGCGGCAGACACGGCCUGUUCAUCUGGUCUUUACGCGCUGCAUUUGGCAGUGCAGAGUAUCCGCUCAGGAGAGUCAGACUCGGCAAUUGUCGCGGCGUCCAGUUUGCACCUUCAGCCUCACGACAUGGUGUCCAUGUCCUUGUUAGGUCUCUUCAAUGAGCAUGGCAAGACUUUUGCUUUCGACCACAGAGCAAAGUCUGGCUUCGCUCGGGGUGAAGGCACUGGCUGCCUCAUCCUCAAACCUCUCCACAAGGCUCUGGCGGACAACGACAAGAUCCGCUCCAUCAUCAUCAAUACCGGCACGAACCAGGACGGGAAAACAACCGGACUGACAAAUCCCAGUGGCGAAGCUCAAGAGCGUUUGAUUCGCGAUGUUUAUGCCAGAGCCGGUAUCUCUCCCGACGACACUGGCUAUGUCGAAGCUCAUGGAACCGGGACGCGAGCUGGAGAUCCCAUAGAGGCUCAUUCCAUAUACCGCGUCUUCGGAGCCGGCCGCACGAAGCGCGCGCCGUUAUUCAUGGGCUCCGUCAAAUCAAACGUCGGCCACCUGGAAAAUGCAAGUGGAAUCAUUUCCGUUAUCAAAACGUCCUUGAUGCUCGAAAAGGGUUUCAUCCUCCCCAACGUCAACUUUGAGAAGGCCAAUGAAGCUAUCCCCCUUGACGAAUGGAACAUCAAAGUUCCGACCAGUAUACGGCCGUGGCCUCGUCAAAAGCGCUUCGCCAGCAUCAACGGCUUUGGCUUCGGAGGCUCCAAUGCGCACGUCGUGCUGGAGAAGGUUCCGUUCUCAAUUGCCGACCUUCCUCAAGAUACUCAGAACGAGGUCCCCAGAUUAUUUGUCCUAUCCGCUCAUGAUGAAAGCGCAGCAAAGCGCGUAGCCGAACAGCUCGGCAUCUACAUUGAGCAGCAUCCCGAGGUCUUUCAGAAGCGCCUGGCCAGGGACAUGGCCUACACGCUCGGUGAGAGGAGGACACAUCUCCAGUGGCGCAUUGCAAUCACGGCAUCGUCGUGCGAUGAGCUCGCGAAUGCUCUCAACGGCAUUGGAGCAGCUCCUGCGGUCUCCUCCCAUGAGCCGAAAGUGGCUUUCGUGUAUACCGGCCAGGGCGCCCAGUGGGCUAGAAUGGGCAAGGAGCUCAUGGUGAGCCAUCCGGUAUUCGCCAGCACCGUUCGAAGAUGUAGCGACUAUCUGCAAGAAAUUGGCGCCGAGUUUUCCCUAGUAGACGAACUGGUCAAGGGGAAAGAAGAGACACUGAUCAACGAGGCGCACAUCUCGCAGCCUGCUUGCACAGCGAUUCAGCUGGGCCUUACAAAACUCUUGGAGAACUGGGGAGUCAUGCCAUCGGCAGUCAUUGGCCACUCCAGCGGAGAGAUUGGGGCUGCUUUCGCUGCCGGUGCCAUUGGCCUCGAGGAUGCCAUGUCUGUCGCCUAUUGGCGCGGAAAGGUAGCCUCGGGUAUGAAAUUCAAGCAUCCAGAUCUUCGAGGUGCCAUGUUGGCUGUUGGUGCGGGGGCUGGAGACGUCAAGAGCAUCAUCAAGACUCAGGGGCUGCAGGGAGUCACCGUGGCCUGCGAGAAUUCUCCAAGUUCUAUCACGGCCUCCGGAGACGAAGAAGCUGUCGACAGACUUGCUGCAGAGCUGGAGCGUCAAAGCGUCUUCAACCGCAAGUUGCGAGUGAACAUGGCAUAUCACUCUGCUCACAUGCAGCUGAUUGCAGAUGAUUACAAGGCCGCCAUCAAAUACAUGGCCCCUCAAGCAACCUCUGGUGUCGAAUUCUACUCCUCACUGAUGGGCUGUAAGCUCGAUUCGACGUCGUCCCUUGGUCCAUCUUAUUGGGUCGAAAAUCUGACAAACCCCGUGCUCUUUUCUACAGCUCUCAAAGAGCUGUACCUUGGCGAGAAGCCAGAUGUCAUUGUCGAAGUUGGGCCACAUGCUGCCCUCGAGGGCCCUAUCAAGCAGAUCUUGAAGGGUAUCAGCCCUCAAGCAGCCAUGGGAACCAAAUAUCUGCCUUGCCUCAUUCGUAACCAACACGCCACCGUGACGGCUUUGAACUGCGCAGGCCAAUUGUUUGUCAAAGGCCACGCAAUCGAUUUUGGGAGACUCAACCAUCCAAAUGAAGGCGUCCAACCGCCUGCUGUCAUUACAGACUUUCAUCCGUACCCUUGGUCACAACACAAGUACUGGUUCGAGCCUCGUUCAUCAAAGCAAUUGCGCCAGAAACCUUUUCCGCGUCAUGACCUCCUGGGUCUCUUGGAGGACUCAUACAGCGAGCUUGAGCCAAAAUGGAAAAACGUCAUCUCGACAGAUGAUGUUCCGUGGCUCAAGGACCAUCGGAUGCAGUCCCUGGCAACCUUCCCCCUCGCAGGCUAUAUCUGCAUGGCUGUGGAGGCGGCGUCACAGCGGGCUCAUUUGCGAGGUAUCCCAGCCGAGCAGGUCGAAGGUUUUCGCCUUCGUGAAAUCCAAGUCUCAAAGGCCCUCAUCCUCGACGACGGCGCUCCAUAUGAGACUGUAUUCUCACUGAAACCUUAUGCGGAGGGUACGAGGUCCGAUUCGAAUGAUUGGGAUGAGUUCCGCGUUUCCUCGUGGACCUCGGCCAGGGGUUGGCUAGAGCAUUGCAGCGGCCUCGUCGGGAUUAGAAAGGCUGUGCCGAUGAAUCCAGUCAGCGCUGGCCUGUUGCGUUCCGCUUCAGUUCGUCGCAAACACAUCAUGAGCAUGAGCUGCAAACAGCUCCCCCUGGACCGCUUCUAUGCAGAACUGGAAGCUCGCGGAGCUGGAUAUAGCGGAGUUUUCCGAAUCUCCCCAAGCGUCAACAUCCAGAUACACCAGCAAUACUCUACUACCUCUUUAGCCAUUCCCGAUACAGCGGUGACAAUGCCUGCUUCAUUCGAGUCAGCGUCUAUUGCACCAGCAGCAUUCGUGGAUCUUUUGUUUCAGCUUACCUUUCCGAUUCUCGGCGCCGGUAGCGGCGAGAUGCCUUCGCUCUUCAUGCCAUCAGCCGUCAAAGAGAUCGAAUUGAGUAGCAAACUACCAAAGUCUCCUGGCGAGCAAGUGCAGGUUGUUGCUCACGGCUGCCCAGACUUUGCAGCUCCUGGGCCUGUCGACUUUGUCAUUGAUACGUGGUAUAAAGAUGCCCUUGAGCCCGUGGUGAAGAUCAGUGGCUUCAGAAUGACGCCCGUAAAUGGCGACAUCGAUGAGACUCCGAGCCCGCGAUCCAUAUGCUACAGCGUACAAUGGGAGUCCCUCGAUGGGAUAAAGGAGAAGACGGAUAGAGAAGAAAAGGAAACGACCAGCAACGGCAACGGAACGCAUGGCGAGAUUGCGGUGCACGAGCGUGCCAACAGCCUAGCUGAUGCCGAGUUUGUCCUCGUAUCUCGACAUGAUAGAAGCGAACCACUGGUAGAGGCUCUCCUCGACCUCUUGGAGUUGCGGACCGCGAAGAGGCCGCACCUUGUCAACUUCUUCGACGUCACUCCUGAGCCCACCACCUGCUAUAUCUGUUUGGCAGAGAUAGAUGAGCCGCUUCUUGCCAACAUGACAGCAGACACAUUUGAGAAGAUGCAGAAUCUUCUAACCAACUGCCAGUCGGUGCUUUGGGUGACCUCGGGAGCAUAUCGAUUCGCAGAACGUCCAGAGGCCAACAUUUCGCAGGGGCUCCUGCGCACUGUCCGUUCUGAGGCGAGCAAGGCCGUAGCCUCUCUCGAUCUGGACCCCCAUUCUAAACUCGAUGUCCGUGACACAGCCGAGCUCAUCCUUCGUGCCGCCAAAGUCUCUAUGGCGUUGCCAGAAGGCGACACCCCGGUGGACUAUGAGUUCGCCGAAGAGGCUGGCACACUCAUGGUCCCCCGCCUUGUCAAGCAAGAUGACAUGAAUCUCGCCAUCUUUCACGACACAGAGGCCUCGGCCGCACCGCCAUAUGCACAGCCAUUUGAGCAGCCGGGACGGCGCCUCAAGGUUGCUGUUGGCACAUAUGGUGCUCUCGACUCUCUGUAUUGGAAGGACGAGAAGGAGACGCCCUUGGGCCCAUACGAGGUCGAAAUCAAAGUGGCGUGCACAGGCAUGAACUUCAAGGAUGUGGUUAUCGCCAUGGGCCAAGUGGCCAGUCCGUACCUCGGAGUCGAAUGCAGCGGUGUAAUUUCUCGGAUCGGUGCUCAUGUUCGUUCCCUCAAAGUUGGCGAUCGUGUCUGCGCCAUGUCUCUGGGCGCCUACAGCACGUACUCUCGAUGCCUCGAGUCUAGCGCUGCUGUCAUCCCCGACGAUAUGAGCUUUGAGGUGGCCGCGUCCAUUCCCGUUGUAUAUUGCACUGCCUAUUAUGGCAUCAUGGACCUCGCCCGGCUGGAGCUUGGUGAAAAGAUAUUGAUCCAUGCCGCAACUGGUGGUGUUGGUCAAGCAGCCAUCCAGCUGGCCCAGAUGAUAGGCGCCGAGAUAUACGCCACAGUUGGGAGUGCGGACAAGAAGCAGCUUUUGAUGGAGACGUAUGGCAUCUCCGAAGAUCGCAUUUUCUACAGUCGAGAUGCUUCGUUUGGCCCAGCGAUCAGAGAGGCCACUGGCGGCCAUGGGGUUGAUGUUGUGCUCAAUUCGCUGGCGGGUGAUCUUCUUCGCGAGACUUGGGAGUGUCUUGCACCGUUUGGUCGCUUUAUCGAGCUGGGGAAGCGAGACAUCACGAAGAACACAAGGCUCGAGAUGGCCAAGCUCGAGUUCAACUGCACGUUCAGCUCAGUGGACUUGACGCUUGUUGCGGCAGAGAGGCCCAAGAUUAUGGAGCGCACUUUUGCGUCCGUCAUGCGUCUCCUCGAGAAUAAGACGAUCAAUCCCAUUGGGCCCAUCACUCCCGUGAGCAUCCAGGAGGUUGAAGGAGCACUUCGCAGGCUGCAGAGCGGCAAGACGACGGGCAAACUGGUGGUGACGCAUAGCGGCCGAAGCCAAGUCAGGGCCACACACCCUGCACCUCGCUCGGAUAUGCUGGAGCGCGAUGCAACAUACCUCAUCAUUGGCGGAACAGGUGGUCUUGGACGCUCUAUUGCAAGGCGAAUGGUAAAGAGAGGUGCUCGUCAUAUUAUCCUGCUCUCUCGGAGCGGCAAGAUCACAGAUGACGUGAGCAAGUUGAUGAAAGAGAGCCGAAGGCUGGGUGCCUCGAUAUACGUUGUGCCUUGUGAUGUUGCAGAUGCGGAAAGCGUCCGAUCGUUGGUGGAUGAGCUUCAAGAGGAUAUGCCUCCGAUCAGGGGCGUUAUUCACGCUGCCAUGGUCCUCAAAGACGUCCUUUUCGAGAAGAUGACAUUUGAAGACUAUGAGGCCGUUGUCAGAAGCAAAAUCUCCGGAGCAUGGAACUUUCAUGACGCACUCAUCGAUGCUCCCCUCCACUUCUUCAUCGUUCUCUCCUCUGUUGCUGGCAUCGUGGGCAACAGGGGCCAAGCACAUUAUUCUGCUGCCAACACGUAUCUCGAUGCCCUUGUCCUGCACCGAAGACGCAGAGGCCUGGCAGCCGCGUCUAUCGAUCUCGCCGCGGUCGAAGGCGUUGGUUACCUCGCUGACAAUGCGGCCAAGAUGUCACAGGUCAUGAGGAACUUGUCCGACAACACUGUGGGCGAGGCUGAGGUUUUGGCAUUGAUCGAAUCCGCCAUGACAGGCAAAGUGGAUAGUUUCUGCCAGGGGCAGGUGGUUACCGGACUGGGUUUCGACAACGCAUCGUCAAUGCCGUUUUACGCCUCGGAUGCCAAGUUUACUCACCUCCGUGAUGCUCUGCUCGCCUCAUCAGCCGAUGCAGAUAAAUCGUCGGGAUCCGAAGAGCUGUCCGUCUCUCAGCAGCUUCGAAGAUGUACGACCGAAGAAGAAGCUCAGGAGGUCGUGACGCUUGGUCUUCGAGACAAGCUCGGGGCCAUCCUGAUGCUGCCGGAAGAGGUCAUGGCGGCACGGCAGGGAAACACGUCCAUCACGGCUUUCGGGCUUGAUUCGCUCAACGCCAUUGAGCUGCGGAAUUGGAUUGGAAAGGAGCUGCAGGCUCAUCUGCAGGUGCUGGAGCUGCUGACCAGCGGGCGAGUUGCGGAUCUGGCGGCUCUGGUGCUGCGCAAGUCGAGGAUUGAGGGAGUUUGGACAAAAGAGUGA